AUGGUCUCAUGUAUGAUUCUACUUCUAGACAUGGACAAAAUGAACUACAUUCUCCUAACGGCAUUCUUUAUCCUAACCAUAUCCUGCAGUUCUGGCUAUGCACUUCGAUGUUAUUUCUGUGAACAAAGUCCUUUUCUCUGUAGAAGCAACCUCACCUGUACUGAGGAAGAAGAUGCUUGCUUGCAAAUUAGAAUGGUGAAUUUGAGAACGUACAGGUGCUGGAAAAUGUCAAAAUGCAGCAAAGAUGUUGUAGCCCAGGAAUUUAGCGUUGACAGUUUUAGACACCUUUGCUGCCAAAGAGAUUUCUGCAAUAAGAGUCCGAGCCUCCUCGUCAGUACUACUCCCCUUGGUAUUUCGGCAGUGAUUGUGGUUUGGAUGAUGACCCGAUAAUAUGGAGAUUCAAAGUAAUAUGUUCUCUGCAUAUCCCAAUUCUUCCCAGAUACACAAGCACUUUUACUGGAGCAACUAAAGCUAUUUGAAGAAGCAAUGUCUUUUUAACCAGAAGAGUAUUAAAGCUAAACCAAAAAAGAAAUGGAGAAGAAAUAUAUAAAAAUGGAAAACCAGUUUUGUAAAGAAGUAAUCUCACUCAGUGCAUGUUGAUUGUCUUUGACUAUUGAGUCUUCUCCUUAAUAUUUAAUAUCUGGUUAAUCCAUGGCAACAGAAGUGCUUAUUUAUCAUAUUUCUGGGCAGUUUUGUUUUGUAAGGAAGCAAAUUUAUAUAUUUUUCCUUCAUCAUGGUCAACAGCUGCAUGUUUAUCAGUAAACAUGGAUACUCUAUUUCACAACUCACUUUUAAUGCAAGCUCAUCAUAAACAUGUUUACGAGGUUACCAAGACAAAUGGUUGUAGGAUCCCACUGUUUAUAGUCCUACAUUGACAGAUUUCACCUUCUAUCUGUUUAACAUGCUAUUGCAAUCUUUAGCUAUUUACCCAGGUAUUAAGCUAACUGUUCUGUAGAGAACUCAUAUAUAUGUGGCACUUUAUGUAGUAUACUCAGUAACUAUAGAGCUUUGCUGCUUCAAAAUAUAUUUCCUAUUCCUUAACACAUUUAGACAAAGAAUAAUAUUGACAGAGCUUAAUUUAAAAAUUUAAUCUUCUCCUUUUCAUUGCAAUGUUUUCUGUGAAGACUUUAUUCAAUAGAGAAAAGUAUUACUUAACAGAGUCCUUCCUAUGAUAGGCACAUUUUAAAAGUAUAUUGUACAUGGACAAUUGUUAAUAUUCUUUUGCAGAUUUUCCCAUACAUUUAGAACUGUUGGUAUCUUAAAAAGUAUUGAAACAACUAUGUGCAAUAUGUUCUACUUACACUAUAUGUAUAAAGAUUACUGAGAGAACCUUUGCUUUGGUAUGUUUAAAUCCCGUGCUUUUGUAUCUGAAGAUUAGUAGCCUAUAUUAUAACUUAUUUCAGUGGGAACCAAUAUGGCCCAAGGAGGCAAAGCUGAUGGGCAAAGAUUAUUCACUUUCCCCCACUAAUUAAAUGAAGAAAUUAGUAGGGUCUAUAUCAGGGGUGGGUUCUACUUACCUUUACUACUGGUUUGCAACGGGAGCGCUCGUGCGCACUCACUUUGCUUGCGCGUGCACUUUUGCACAUGCGAAGAUAACCUAUGAUGAUGUUGUGGCGGAUGACCGGAUCCUCCCGCCAGUUUUACUACCGGUUCUAUAGAACUGGACCAAACCGGGGGCAACCCAACCCCCCAGUCUGUAUACAGACUCAGUUAGAACUGACAGAGAAACCCAAACAAAGCAAAAAUUUUCCAACUAUUGGGGAUUGGUAAACAGACUAGCACCAUAUGUGAAUGCAAUGAACCUGAGUUUUGGGAAAUAGAGAAACCAAAAAGAAAAGUGCUGUCCCUCUGUCUAUACUUAUUUAUCCAAGUUGCUUAAAAUUAUACAACUAUCGGAGACGACUUCCGGUGUCCAGCGGCAACGGACGUCUGGAAGGCUUCUCCUGCCUCCAGUGCCCGAAUCCGGCCGCCGCCGAGGCCCUCAGGGGCCAGGUGUUCCGAAAAGGACACCUGCCGCACGGACGGCUCGCCAGGGGUCUCCCAGCCGACAUACAGGACUGUGGGGACCGAUGCUGGCGCGUCCUAGGCUUGGCGGGGUUCGGAGGCCACAGGCCGCGGCCAUUAUUUUGGUCGUCGCCUGGGCCGCUGUGCCCGGUGACACCGGGGCAUUGGAUUUAUAACUGCAGCAGCCUGGUGGUGAACAGGGAACGGAGAAGAAUUGAGGAGGAGAAGGGAAG